UGCCACUCAACACUAUUGCCAGAUCCAUCCUCCUCCAGUGCAGUGCUAGAUCGAGCGACAGACAGACAGCGGCCGUGUAGUGCCGGCGGCGCCAAGUCGCGACGGCCAUGGAGCUCCUGCGGGACAGCAUCCCCAUGGUGUCGCUGGCCGCUGCGGCCGCCGCACUGUACGCGCGCAUGGCGUCGUCUCACCUCCGCCCCGGUCUCCCGCGCCUCGUCGCACUGCUCCCGCUCUUCCCGUUCCCCGCCGCCGCUCCCCUGGCCUUGACUUCCUCCGUCAUCGUCCGGGCCACCGCCGCCUUCUUCCUGGCCUGGCUCUGCGCGUUCAAGCUCGCCCUCCUCGCCGCCGGCCGCGGCCCGCUCGACCCCGCGCUCCCCGUGCUCCCGUUCCUCAUCACCGCGCUGCUCCCCGUCAAGCUCCGCGGUGCUGCCGGAGCAGCGGCGCUGACCAAGGCCAGCAAGCCGGUGUCGCUCGUUUCUUGCGCGGCCAAGGUCGCCGUCAUAGCCGCCAUCCUCAGCAUCUACCCGUACAACUCUCGGCUGCACCCCUACGCGCGCCGGGCCGUGUACGGCGUCCACAUAUACUGCUUCCUGGACCUCUUCUUCCCCUGCAUCGCGGCGGCCGCCGGCGCGCUCGGCAUGGAGACGGAGCCGCAGUUCGACCGGCCCUACCUGGCCUCCUCGCUGCGGGACUUCUGGGGCCGGCGGUGGAACCUCAUGGUGUCGGCCAUCCUCCGGCCGUCGGUGUACGACCCCGUGCGCGCGCGCGCCGGGAGCCCCGCCGGCGUGCUGGCCACCUUCCUGGUGUCCGGGCUGAUGCACGAGGGCAUGGUGUACUACCUCAGCCUCCGGCGCCCGGACGGCGGGAUGACCGCCUUCUUCCUGCUCCACGGCGCUUGCUGCGUCGCCGAGGGCUGGUGCGCGCGGCGGUGGGCGGCGAGGGGGUGGCCGUCGCCGCCGCGGGCCGUGGCGACGGUGCUGGUGGCGGUGUUCGUCGCGGGCACGUCGUUCUGGCUCUUCUUCCCGCCGCUGUGCAAGGACGGAGGCGAGGAGAAGCUGCUGGAGGAGUGGGCUGCCGUGGCGGCCUUCUUCCUCGACGCCGGCAGAAAGAUUAAUGGCAUUGUACGUUCAACGGACUAACUAGCAGUAGGAAAAUAAGUUUCAGAAUGAUUGGGACUCUAACCAAGUAACCAAACAUGAUUGCGUUCUCUUGUUUACCAUGUUAAAAUCUGAGAGAUGAAAUGUACACUCUCAAAAGUUUCACAAGUGAGAAAAAUGUAAAGCACCGAGGAUAUAUGUCGAUCAUUCUCCAUAAUAUGAA